UUGUGUGAAACCUCUUAGGAAGUGAUGUUGGAGAAGCUGAAUCAAAUCACUGGUCUUCUAUCUCACUGACGCAGAUCCAAUGAAUCGUCUUUACUCCGACACCCACCGCGUCGUCCUCCUCAUCGACGUAUCAAGCCUCCACGAUCCCCGCCACACAAAACGUUUGGUUUCGUUUCUCGAAACCCUAAAUUAUUUUCCUCCUCUUUCCUCUUCCCUCUUUGCCUUCAAACUCUUCUUCUCUUCCCUCUCUCCUCUUCUCUCUUUCUCCAAGCUCCAACCUUUUUUCCCCAAUCCCUCACUCUCCUUCGACCUACCUUCCUCCGCCCUCCCACACCUCUCCGACACCCUCUCCUCCCUCCCAUCCUCUCUCCACCACCCUCCCUCCGCCGCCAACGCCGACCACCUUGCUCACUCUCUCUCACAACUCCUCUAUGACCACUCCUGGGACCACCCUUCCCCCCAAACCGUCCCUCCCAAUUUGUUUCUCCUAUUUUCUCCUUCUUUCACUUCAUUUACUUCUCUUGCAUCUUUCCUGAACACGGAUUCCAGCCUCCUUGCGGAUUCUACCUCAUUUUGUGACACAGUCUCUUCCUUCUUCGCCAAUGUAGCUCGCUCAUUCACUGUCAGAGGAAUUCACUGUACUUGGAUUAGUGUUGGGGAAGAAGAUGUGGAGGCAAACCCUAGCGAUGAGGCUAGGAAAGUGUCUUCUUUGCUUAGGACUGCGGUUGGGAGGCUCGGGUGGGGCUUUUGCUCUCUUGAUUCACUUCUCCUUGGUUCGGCUCUUGUUCCAUUUGGCUUGGUUUAUCCCGUGAUUGGGGUUUCGUUGAGUUGUGCAUAUAGGGAAGUUAGUGUUGGUGGGCAGUUGAAGCUUUCGAUCUUGGAUGUGAAUGGGAGUCCCAUUGAGUACAAUUGCUGUGAUCUUGAGUUUGUUGAUGUGAAGGGUUGUUGGGAUUUGCCAGGUGGAGGGGUUGAAAGGAGGGAGAGGUUUUGGAAGCUGUGUUUGGGUGGAGGUGUGAAAUUGGAGGUUAAGGUUGUGCGGAGGUGUGAUGCUUUUGUUGAGACAGAUGACUGGCUGUCUGAUUCGGUUAUAGUGCGUGAGGAUUUCAGGGGAAUGAAGAAGAAAGACAAGGUGGGUUUGGAUGAAGUUUUUGCUGAUAGGGUUCUUGAGCUUGUUGCCACUGAGUUUGGUUGUGAGUGGCGGAGAAAGCAGGUGCCGGUUUGGGAAUUGCUAUUGAGUUUUCUGUAUAAAGAAGAUUGUUGGGCAUUGGUAGCUGUUUCCAAUGGCAAGGGUGAGUCAUGUUUAGGCAUUCUGAAACCUUUUACUGUGCUUGCUGGUAUCUUGUCUGUGUUAGGGGAUCCACAUGGAGCUAGUGGUUUUGGUGAAGCAAAUGUUGGACAAUAUGUUAAGAUGGUGGAUCAUGAUGUUUGCAAACCUGAUUCCAAAUUCAAUGAGGAGCCGAGUUCUCGAAGUAAUAAGAGCAAGAAGAGGAUAAAUUUGAAUACACUGCGGGAACUCAAGUGGAGUUCAUUCUGUAAGUCAGUGUUCGAACAAUUAGAGACUGAUUUGCUUGAUGUUUAUUGUGCCACAGAAGUUAACAAGUGUAAAAAGUUGAAAUUUUUUAAAUGCUGGAUGAAACAGAUGAAGAAAUCUGGUUGUUCGGAUCCAGCUUUGUUAGAAAAGCUCAAGCCAAAUCCAAUAGUAGCUGAACUGGGUGGCAGUAAAUUGAAUGACUUGACUCAAAAUGAUGAACCACCAAUGUCCUCAUUUGCUUCAGCUGAAAUUAACUCGGAGCCGGAAGCUUUGAGAAUACAGGAGGAUGCUGCGUUAGACUUUAGGUCAGAAACAUCUGAAACAUUUUUUAGUAAUCUUGCUGACAGGAUCAAAUGGGGAAUUGAAUCAAAAGUUGUAGACAUGGGGGCCUUGGCAGAGCGACUUGUUAAUUCUUGUAUAUACUGGCUAUGUCAGAAGGUUGAUAAAGAAACUGUUUCUCAGAGUCAGUCUCCUUUGAAAGAUCAUAAUACUUGUGGUGGAAUGAUUGCAUCUGAGCUGGUAAAACUUCUAUUAAGGGAGCCCAAGGAGAUAGCUGCUGAGCAUAAAAGUCAAAAUCCAUUCUCUCAGUCUCAGGCACUUGAUUCCGGAUCUGCCACACCUAUUGCAGAACAUGUAGUUAGAGAAUAUGAACUGCAGAUUUUAUUUCGAAUGGAGAUUUUACAAUCAGAGGUAGGAAAUGAAGUUGAAGAUUCCUGCAAACAGAAGUUUGUAAAACAAAUAUGCCUGCUUUUAGAGAACAUUCAGUGUCACAUGGAAGUGGGAUUCUUUGGUGAUUGGACUCUUGAAAACUAUGUGACAAAGAUAAUAAAAAACAGGUAUUCACUCACUCUUGAAGAUUUGGUUCAGAAAAUAUACUACAAAAUGGACCUGCUGUUGUUUGCCGAAGAAGAUGAAGCACCAAAUAGUUUACUCAACAGUGAGGACAGCAACAAAUCCUUUAGCAGAAAAGUGUACAGAGAUGUGGUAUUUGAAAAUGAUGUCAGUAGUAACCAACCUUUUUCAGCAGAAAACGAGCCCGUUCAUUUGCAAAACGAUGUCAGUGGAAGAUUGCAAAGGAUUGUAGAUGACCGUGAUAAAAAACUAAUCGAAGCUAAAGAGAAGAGAGAGAGAGCUCUAAGGUUUUCAUCUUUUACAAGUUCAAUGCCUGUUUUACGAAGAGUGAGGGCGCCAACACAGAAGAGCGUGAAACCCAAGACAGAUCUUCAAAGGGUGCGAAAAAGGAAGGAACGAGAAAGGGCAUAUGGCACUGUAUGUGAGACCCCAAUGACAGUAAAUAAGCAUUCAAAUUCAAGGGCAAGGGGUUCUGAUGAUGACCAUGAUUGGGCUGAUGGAAGGAAAGGCUCAGUUUCCAAGGCAUUGUUCAAGGACGAUCUUUGAUGUGAGUAAACUAAGCUUUUUCCAUAGAGAAACAGUAUAUGCUAAUCUGCAGAACAGAAUAGAAGUAUCUUCAGCGUUAAACAACAAAGGAUGGAAUGUAAAUGACCGGAGUUCAGGUUAAAUUUGCUUUCCCAGUGUUCCUGUAACUAACACAAUCAACAGAUUCACAUCAUUACGAUUUUCUUAUUGUUAGAAUAGGUCAAUUCGUCUGUAAAUCCCACCGAUAAAAAGGCUUUUUUUUUUUUUUAUUGUAUCUACCUUUCACUAGGCAUAGCCUUUGCUUAGAGAUUAACCUCUGAUCUGAUGUAAGAAUUUCUACAUAUAUAUACAUGAAUGAGGUGAAUGAUAAAUGAAUCUCUUAAGCUUUUCUUCUCA